AUGCUUAUCGGCUUGUGUGGAGGCAUCUGCGCCGGCAAACAUGCGAUUGCCGAGUAUCUGAUCCAGCACCAAGGGUUUCAGCUCUUGGAGCUGGCCAGCCAAUCGCCUCACCGUAUCACCGACCAGCCGGAUGACCAUCUGCGACUGCAAGCGUCACAAAUCGGGAAAAAGGGGAACACGCCGUCGGAGUUCGUGUUUGAGACGGCCGAAUCGCUUCUCGAUUUUGUCACAAAACGUUGGCAAGAACGCUGGGUGACAACAGAUAUUGCAGAUGGUGCAACGCUUGAUCGCUUUAUCCUACGGCCUUUCUUCCUUCUUGUGAGCGUUGAUGCUCCAGUAAGCUUGCGCUGGAAGCGAUUCUCCGACCGCUGCCGACGAAGACAAUUAGAUCCGCCCCAUCUUGAAAAGUUCGUGCUAUGGAACGAUCGACACCUCUAUGAGAGGGAUAUCGGACGAGUUUACCUGACCGAUCGAGCCCAAGUCCGUCUGUUCAACUCCUCCUCCUCUGUCGAGGAACUCCAUUUGUCUCUCCACAAGCUUGAUCUGGGAGACGAGCAGCGACUACGACCAAGUUGGGACCAAUAUUUCAUGGAGCUCGCAUCUCUCGCAGCCCAAAGAAGCAACUGCAUGAAACGUCGCGUUGGAUGCGUUCUGGUGCGAGAGCGCCGGGUUAUUAGCACAGGAUAUAACGGAACACCGAGACAUCUCACAAAUUGCAACGAAGGUGGAUGCCCCCGAUGCAAUCGUGGUGAUGGUGGUGGAGUUGGUCUCUCCACCUGUCUCUGCCUCCAUGCCGAGGAAAACGCGCUCUUGGAAGCUGGCAGAGAGCGUAUUCGAGAGGGCGCAAUUCUAUAUUGUGACACGUGUCCGUGCUUGACAUGCACCGUGAAGAUCACCCAAGUGGGGAUUUCCGAAGUCGUUUACUCUCAAAGCUACAACAUGGAUCAAGCGAGCGCCGCUAUCCUUGAGUCUGCGGGGGCUGCACAGUGUUCCGUCAUGCCUACCGUUCACCUUCUCGACUAUGUCGCGGGGAACAUCCGCUCCUUGGUCAACGCCAUCAACCAGGUCGGAUAUGAGGUGGCAUGGGUCAAGACACCCCAGGAUGUGAAGAACGCGGAUAAACUGAUCCUUCCCGGUGUCGGCCAUUUCGGCCAUUGUCUCUCCCAACUCGAUAAGGGCGGCUUUCUGGGGCCAAUUCGAGAACACAUCGAUGCUGGGAAACCGUUCAUGGGCAUUUGUGUGGGGUUACAGGCUCUGUUUCAGGGAUCGGACGAGGAUCCUAAUGUCCCAGGCUUGGGCUUGAUUCCCAUGCGCAUCGAAAAGUUCGAUGACAGGACCAAGAGCGUGCCACACAUCGGAUGGAAUUCUGCAAUGAACACGGGGCCAGUCUCGAAGGAGCAAAGCUUUUAUGGAUUACGGCCGACUAGCAAAUACUACUAUGUCCAUUCCUAUGCGGCUCCCUAUAAGCCGGGGGUCCUCGAAGAGGACGGCUGGUCUGUGGCUACGGCAACAUAUGGCGAGGAGGAAUUCAUUGGUGCAGUCAGUCGGGGACAUAUAUUUGGCACCCAAUUUCAUCCGGAGAAGAGUGGAGUUGCAGGCCUGCGAGCCAUUCGUGCUUUCUUAAAUGGCCAUCAAUUCCAAUUUAUUCCGCAGGAGACAUUCGCUGGCAAGGAAGAUGGUCUGACUCGUCGCGUCAUUGCUUGUCUGGAUGUGCGAACUAACGACACGGGCGAUCUUGUUGUUACCAAGGGUGACCAAUACGACGUUCGUGAAAAGGGUGGCGUUGAUGCGGGAGGUCAGGUCCGCAAUUUGGGGAAACCUGUCGAAAUGGCCAGGAAGUAUUACGAGCAAGGAGCCGAUGAGGUCACCUUCCUGAACAUCACUUCCUUCCGGAACUGCCCUCUUGUGGAUACUCCCAUGCUGGAGAUUCUUCGACGGGCUUCAGAGACCGUCUUUGUUCCGUUGACUAUUGGCGGAGGCAUAAAGGAUACAGUCGAUACAGAUGGCACUCAUGUCCCCGCGCUGGACGUGGCAACAAUGUACUUCAAGUCUGGUGCAGAUAAGGUCAGCAUUGGCUCGGAUGCUGUAUUCGCUGCGGAGGAUUACUUCGCAGCUGGGAAGAAACUGAGUGGUCGUACUGCAAUCGAGACUAUCUCCAACGCAUACGGGAAACAAGCGGUGGUGGUCAGCGUUGACCCCAAGCGAGUCUACGUGGAUCGACCCGAAGACACCAACCACCACACUCUGAAGACUUUGUACCCUAACGCAGCCGGGCAGAACUUCUGUUGGUACCAAUGUACUGUGAAAGGUGGCCGGGAAACUCGCGACAUGGAUGUGCGCCAACUUGUACAGGCUGUCGAGGCUAUGGGAGCUGGCGAAAUCCUUUUGAACUGCAUUGAUAAGGAUGGCAGCAACAGCGGCUUUGACUUGGAACUUAUUAAUGACGUGAAGGCGGCCAUCAAAAUUCCCGUCAUUGCUUCUAGUGGAGCAGGUGUCCCUGGUCAUUUCGCUGAGGUCUUCAGCAAAACAACUACUGAUGCUGCACUGGGAGCGGGCAUGUUCCACCGUGGCGAAUAUACCGUGAGCCAGGUCAAAAAUCACCUCCAAGCUGAGGGAUUCCUUGUGCGCCAAUUUGAGGCGGCGAUCUGA